CGCGCACGCUGCAGCGCCUCAAGGACGGCGCCAGGGCAGUCUUCACUUCCUCCGCCUCUCCGCCAUCCGCACACGCCCUCCCCGCAACUGCGCCAAUCUACACCCCAGCCGAACAUCCCGCGCGACCUGCGCCAGUCGAAGAGUUUGCGCCGCAGUAUUUCCCUCCUGCGGUUGCCCCCGCCGCCAGCCCUAGUAUGCUCCGCCAGUGGUGGCAGCCCGCGGCAGUGGGGCAGCAGAGGCGCGCGCAGGGGCAGGCGGAGCGGGCCGGCGCAGGAGGUGGACUGGGGAGCGUAGCCAGCAGCGGAGUCCGCGCAUGCUGUUGUGGGGACGGGGGGAGUUCAGCCGCGCACAGUGGCGGAGCGUGCAUGCGGUGCAGGUCCCGUGUUCACUUACAUCCUACCCUUUCCUUUGCCUCCCUUCAUCUGCACUUCUCUCCCGAUUGUCUUCCCCCCUUCCCCUCGCACCUGCUCACCAUAUGCAGCUACGACCAGCGCAUGGAUCGGUUCUUCUGCAUCGAUUGCUCGCACCACCACUGCUGA